AUGAUGCUGUCAAAAAUUGACAGUCGUUUGCUGGCACCUGAAGCAGAAUCACUUUGUCAAAUGGGUACACACGAUGAUAGUGAACAAAAUGAAGUGGCCGAAAAGGACAAAUUCGAAGAUACACUCAUCAGCAGGUCAGUUACAUCGUUUUAUAAGUGCUUGAAUGGGUCAAGCACGUAA